GUUCUCGGUCGCGGUCGCUUCGCUCGAUCAAAUACCCACGAUCUGUUGAAUAGUAUGGAAGUGUUUUGUGAAACGAAAAAUUCGGUUUUUCGCGAUUAUUAUCAAAGAACUCACGAUUUAUAACAGACAUUUUUGACUUGGAGUUUCUUAACUCUGCUUUUUGCUAUUUGUCGAGCUCAGAAUCCAAGGGAAAACAGUUAAAAUGUGGUGUCUAAUCAGUCAGGCCAAUUCUGUUGUUUUUGAAGUCAGGGUUGAUCCGAAAUCUAUUGGACAAGAAUGUCUUGAGAAGAUAUGUAGUUACUUGGGCAUCUCUAACGAAUCAGACUAUUUCGGCUUGAAAUACGAAAACACCAAAGGCGAAGAAUUAUGGUUGAAUCUAAGAAACCCCAUUGACAGACAGGUUAAUUGUCACGGACACACUGCGCCCCUCAGAUUUGCUUUGAGAGUGAAAUUUUGGGUGCCGCCUCAUUUGCUUUUACAAGAAAAUACAAGGCAUCAAUUUUAUCUUCAUGCCAGAUCGGAUCUCAUAGAAAAACGCCUCGUGACCAACGAUUGGGAUGGAGUUUCCAGAAUAAUUUCGCUUAUUGCUCAAGCCGAGACUGAGGAUUAUGACUCUUUGCAUCCACCGCACAAUUUAUACGUACAGGCCUCUACAAUAACAAGUGGCUGCCAAACCCCAAAACCAAACGAUCUUCUCCAAAGAAUCAUCGCCGAACACAAAAAGCUCAAAGGCAUGAAACGAUGCACCGCCGAGUAUUGGCUUCUGAAAGAGAUUUCCGAUUUCGAAUCUUUCGGCGAAGAAGUUUUCAGCAAAACUCAGGGAAAUAUUCAUCUUGCUGUCGGGCCUCAUGGAAUUACAAUUUACGAUAAAUCCGUUCCCGAAAAGCAACUAAUUUCCUUCACGAACAUCGUGAGCGCCUCCUCACAUCGAAGGACUUUCAAGUUGGAAUAUUUCUCAUGCGAAAACAAGGAAACCGUUUUAGAAGUCAAGUUGGAUUCUAGUCAUAACGCUAGCAGUUUGUACAGGGCGAUUACUGAAAAACAUGCAUUUUAUAGUUGUGAAACCGUUCGCAGUGCCGUAACAGCUCAAUUCAUUCGCGAUCUAAAAGGAACCAUAGUUUCGAUUUUCAACGAAGAUUCCACUUUGGGCAAAAAGUACGUGUUCGAUAUUAGGCGAACUUGUAGAGAAGUGUACGAUAAUGCCAGAAGGGCCAUUUACCAGGAAAGCCAAGCGCGACUGGCUUUGGAAACUGAAAACCCUAGCGGAUCGGGAUGCGAUGGAGAACAUUGCAAAGACUCCGAAAAACUUUCCAGAAUGAUGGAAGCGAUGACCUGCAAAAUUUGUAUGGACAACCGACUGGAUUCGGUAUUUAUGCCCUGCGCACACGUCGUGGCUUGUUCCGAGUGCGCAGUAAGAAUCGACAGAUGCCCUUUGUGUCGCAGCGAAAUCACGCAAGCGCAGAAACUGUACAUGCCUUCUUGGUAGAGGUGAUUUCAAGAAAAAUUUUGGGAUUUUUUUUUGUGUUAACAGUAUUUUUUUUUCCAAAAUUUUUCAUUUAUGUUUGAUCUCAUUCAUACCUUCUGCUAUAGUAUUAGUUGUGAUCACUGAAAACAUGAAACCAAAAAUAUUUUCCUAUCAUUGACAAUCUUUCAAAAAAAAAAAAAAAAAUGACUGGAAAUAUUUUGACUAAGUAGAUAAAUUCCUCUCUAACAUUAUUGUGAUCCUUAUUAUAUUUUUGAUUUUUAUUCUCACAUUGAGACUGGAUUUGUUUUUACUAUGUAAAAAUUCAUUUUUCACUUAAAACUGUACUGAUACUGGGCUCCUUCGUUUUUUUUCCUCCUUUAUCAUCCCAGUUUUUUAGGGAUGAUAGAUUUUUAAUUUCAACUUGGAAGGGGCCAAAAAAAACUAUUUUGACAAUAUAGAUACUUAAAUGAUAAAAAAUAAAUUUUAGUCAUUAUAUCAAUGCAAGAUAAAUAAAUAUGUAGGUUUAUAUAUGUUCAACAAUAAGUGUCUCGUAUAUUAUAUAAUAUAGAUACAUAUUAUAAGUACCUAAGUAGAAUUUAAAAAAAAAAAAAACACUGUUCGAAGUAUGUAGACUUAUUUUGUAAUAUUAUAUGAGUGUAUUUCAAAUAGUAAAUACAUCCCUGAUCUGUGUUAGUAGGAUAAUACUUUAUUUUGUGAUACCCCAAUGCAUUCAUAGUUUUUAUUUUAAUAAUUAUUAAUUGUUGUGAGAAAGCUAAUAUUGUUUUUUUUUUCUACUUUUCUUAUUAGAAUUAUUGUUUCAUUUCGCUUUUAUAUUAACUAUAAUGUGUACUAAUUAUUAUUAUAGAUGUUAUAUUUCAUAAACAAGCAUGAAUAAGUGUUGCAAAAAAAAAAUAUGUGUCAUAAUAUUGGCAAUUAUUAUAAAUUAUUAAUUUUCGUUUUUUUUUUUGACAGUUGGUAUAAGCACUUUUUGCCAAUUAAAAAAACAUGUUUA